UAUCCCCCGAGAAAAUCCCCCCCCCCUACAGUCACAAUGGCUCCCGUUGCUGUAUGUUUCCUUUCCACAAAUCGCUUUGCUGUUCCCCCAUGAGAGUUCAUAUAUCCAUGAUUGUCUGGACAUGAUGGCGCUGGCGCUGGCGCUGGCGCUGGAAAAUUCCAGACGGAAAAGAAGAUUGAAAAAAAUCUCUGGGAUCGUGGAUACAUGAACCUCUCUUGGGAUUUCGCCAUCAUGGAGCAGUAGGCUAAUGGUUUUUUUCCCCCGACAACAGGCUCGUGGUCGCAAGGCCCAGAAGGUCACCCAGAAGUAUGUCAUCAACGCUUCCCAGCCCGUGAGCGACAAGAUCUUCGACCUCUCUGCUUUCGAGAAGUUCCUCCACGACCGCAUCAAGGUCGAGGGCCGUGUCGGCAACCUCGGCGACAAGGUCGUCAUCUCCCAGGCUGGUGAGGGCAAGAUCGAGGUUGUUGCCCACAUCCCCUUCUCUGGCCGCUACCUCAAGUACCUGUAAGUCUACCUUUCCGAAAGUUUAGGCGAGAGCGAAUCGCUGAUUCAGUCUUCUUCACCUCUCAACAGCACCAAGAAGUACCUCAAGAAGCAGCAGCUCCGUGACUGGCUCCGCGUCGUC